AUGCGAAUCACUGUGGAAAUUGCAGCACAACGUGUACUGGAAUCCAACCUGCGUGUUGCCUUGGAGGAUGCGUUGAUUUAUACUCUGAUCCAAAUCAUUGUGGAGCUUGUCUCACAGUUCCAUGUCUUGGCGUUACUCCAGGAUGUUGUGCUGGGGCAUGUACCGACCUCAGUUCUAACUCUAGUCACUGUGGCUCGUGCACCAAAACAUGUCCGCCUACGGCUUCAACAUGUUGCUCCGGAAAUUGCACUGAUACAACCUCAAACAUCAAUCACUGUGGCUCCUGCCUCGCGCUUCCGUGUCUCGGUCAACAGCCGGCAUGUUGUAACGGAACCUGCAAUGAUCUAA